CCAUGGCAAAGCUGAUUGCGCUCACUCUCCUGGGGCUGGGACUGGGAUUCUUCAGGGAUUAUCGGUCGUCUUUCCAGAAACGACUUAAUGCUGACCGAGAAGUGACACCAGUGGAACUUCCUAAUUGCAAUUUAGUUAAAGGAAUAGAUACUGGUUCUGAAGACUUAGAGAUACUGCCUAAUGGACUGGCUUUCAUUAGCUCUGGAUUAAAAUAUCCUGGAAUAAAGAGCCUUGAACCUGACAAGCCUGGAAAAAUCCUUCUGAUGGACCUGAAUGAGGAAGCCCCAACAGUGAUGGAACUGAAGAUCAUUGGCAGUAAUUUUGACUUGCCUUCAUUUAAUCCUCAUGGGAUCAGUACAUUCACAGAUAAAGAUAAUACUGUGUACCUGCUGGUGGUGAACCAUCCCUAUUUUAAAUCCACGGUGGAGUUGUUUAAAUUUCAACAAGAAGAGAAAUCUCUUUUGCAUCUGAAAACCAUCCGACAUGAACUUAUGCCUAAUUUAAAUGAUCUUGUUGCUGUGGGACCAGAGCAAUUUUAUGCUACAAAUGACCACUAUUUUGUUGAGCCCUACUUACGGUCCUGGGAGAUGUAUUUGGGUUUAGCGUGGUCGUACAUUGUUUACUACAGUCCCGAUGACGUUCGUGUUGUGGCAGACAAGUAUGAUUUUGCUAAUGGAAUCAGCCUUUCACCUGAUGGCAAGUACGUCUAUAUAUCUGAAUUGCUGGCUCAUAAGAUUCAUGUGUAUGAGAAACAUGCUAAUUGGACUUUAACUCCAUUGAAGUCAUUGACUUUUAACACACUGGUGGACAACAUAUCAGUGGACCCAGUAACAGGUGACCUCUGGGUUGGAUGUCAUCCCAAUGGUAUGAGGAUCUUUUACUACGACGCAAAGAAUCCUCCUGGAUCAGAGGUGAUCCGAAUCCAGGACAUUUUAGCAGACGAACCCAAAAUAACAGUGGUUUACGCGGAAAAUGGCACUGUGUUGCAAGGAAGUACAGUGGCCUCGGUGUACAAAGGGAAGAUGCUGGUUGGCACAGUGUACCAAAAAGCUCUCUGCUGUGAGCUCUAAUGGGCC